UGCUAUAUACAUCAUUCGACCUUAAUAUUUGAAUAAGCCAGACAACAAAAAUAUAACGGGCAAGAAGGGACAAAACACAGAAAAUGACUGAUAACAAAAAUACAGUGGGUUUAAUGAAUGUGUCCCCUGGUCAUAAUCCAAAUCACUGUAUAAAGAAAAACCCGAGAUGCAAUAAUGGGAGCAACAAUUGUACUUGCCAACUGUGUGUUAAAGGAUUAAAAAGGGAAAAAAAGAUUGAGAAUAAGUGUCAAUUGUGUGGUAAAGAAUGGAAAAUGCUUGAAAAAUCCGAGAAUACUUGUCAAGGAUGUGUUAAAGAAUGGAAAAGGGAAGAAAAGUCCGAAGAACAUAAACAAAUCCACUCGUGCGAUAAAACGUUAAAAUGCGAUAUGAGUAACAACGACUUAAAUCAAACACCUGUCUCACAGUCGUACACGCCAAAACAAACUCAGUCCGAUGUUGAACAUUUGAACUGUUAUGUAUGUGGUAAAGAUUUCAAUCAACAAUAUCACCUACGGAUGCAUAUUAGAAUACACACUGGUGAUAAACAUUUUAACUGUUACGUAUGUGGUAAAGAUUUCAAUCAACAAUGUCACCUACGGCUGCAUAUGAGAAUACACACUGGCGAUAAACAUUUUAACUGUGAUAUAUGUAGUAAAGGUUUUAGUCAAAAACAGUACUUAAAAGCACACAUGUGUAUACACAAUGAUAAUAAACCUUUUAACUGUGACGUCUGUGGUAAAGAGUUUAGAAAAUCUGGCCACUUAAAGACACACAUGCGUAUACACAAUGAUAAACCUUAUAACUGUGACGUCUGUGGUGAAGACUUUAGACGACUUAGACAAUUUAAGAAACACAAGAGAACGCAUACUGGUGAUAAAUUAUAUAACUGUGAUGUAUGUGGGAAAGGGUUUAGUAAUAGAUAUAAUUUUAUGUUGCAUAUCAGAAUUCACACUGGUGAUAAACCUUUUAUCUGUGAUGUUUGUAAAAAAGGUUUUAGUUCUAAGCAGCAAUUAAAGUCGCACAUGCGUAUACACACUGGAGAUAAACCUUUUAACUGUGACAUAUGCGAUAGAAGGUUUGGUCAAAAUAGUGACUUGACGAAACAUAUGAGAACGCAUACUGGUGUCAAACCAUAUGAAUGUGAUGUGUGUUGUAAAGCAUUUACUCGACGUGAUAUCUUAAAUGAACAUAUGAGAACACAUGAGUUUAAGAAACCUAAAAAAUGUAAUGUAUGUGAUGAAGUUUUUCCUCAAAAGGAGGAUUUACUGAUACACAUGGGAACGCAUACUGCCAAAAAACCAUAUACAUGCCAAGUAUGUAGCAAUUGCUUUUUUAGUAAACACCAGUUAAAAGUACACACGAGAAUACACACCGGUGAUAAACCUUAUAAGUGUGAUGUGUGUAUUAAGCGAUUUGGACAACUACCGUCUCUACGGACGCAUAUGAAAAUACACACUGGAGAUAAACCAUAUCACUGUGAUACAUGUGGUAGAAGAUUUCGUCUCAGUGGUGACUUAAAAAAACAUACGAGAACACAUACUGGUGAAAAACCGUAUCUAUGCUAUGUAUGUGGUAAAGGAUUUAGUCGGACUGAUACCUUACAUGAACAUAUGAGAACGCACACCGGUGAAAAACCGUAUAGCUGCGAUGUAUGUGAUGAGAAAUUUUGUCAUAGGUCAGAAUUACGGAUGCAUAUGAGAACGCACUGACAAAUCUGAAACAUGUAUUAUCUGACUAUUGCAUUGUGAAAAGUUUAAUUAGAAACCUAAAAUAGAUAAAAGAGAUCCUUACUCAAGACAUGGCAAACAAGGAAGCUAACUAUAUAUGAAAUAUAUUGAUUAUUAAAUGAGAGGGGCAAUACCUUUUUAUGUUAA